AUGCGUGAUGUACGGGUGCGCAUUUGUUGUGUGUAUAUGGCUCAAUCUGUCAUGUAUCCACAGUGUCAGCUAUUCAACAUGGAGCUGGAUCCAAAAUCCAGCACGAUUCGAAAUAAGAACGAGAAAUUACGAAAAUGGGGCGAGAAGGCCGGGCCCGAUGCCGACGAUAUACUAGAUGACCUUGACGGACUAGACGGGAAUAUUGCGAAUGAUUUCAAAACACUACGGAUUUCAGGAAUCGACGACGUGGUUGCGACGUCCUCGCCUGUGAAGAGGAAAGCCAUUCGCCCGUCGAUUUCUCCAGGCUUUAAGAUGGACACGGGCGCACCGGAUGAUGAGGAUUUUUUGUUUGACGAAGACUUCGAGGGUCAAUUGAACCCAGAGAACAUUCGCCUCAAUCAACUUCGACAUACGCCUCUUCAAAAGGAUAAUCGUUUUCUGCCCAAAACAUUCUCUUCGGCGUCCCCAGUAAGAAGACGUUCCCUAAGUGAUUACAGCGAAGGAACGGAUACAGAUAUCACUGAAAUGAAUGAGGAGGAUUUUGAAGACAUAGAUGAUAUUUUUGGUAAAGAAGAGAGCGGGAUCUACAGCAGCGGCGGAAAGAAGCAGAACAAUGCCAACAUUAGCCGUGCAAGUCAGAUUUUAACCGAGAAGAAACUGCAGCUUAAAAAACAAGCAGACUUGGAAGACAAGGAGCUAUUUGAAAAGUACCACCACAGGCAUGGCGAAGAGGUGAACACCCUUCGUUUGAAAGAUCUCAAGCGUUAUCCUGUCAUCUCAAAUUUGGAUGAGGACCCGCUUGAAAAUGAGCGAACUGUGAAUUAUGAAUAUACACGAGACGACAAUGAGUCUUUUGAGGAUGGGUUUGAUCUCAAUGUGCCCAUGCGACUAGAGGCAACAAAGUUAAAGCAAUUUCAGUCUCAGCCCAAUAUCGCUACGUUGUCCCUGAAAAUAUCAAUGCCUGCAUUCCCUAAAUCCUUGAAACCAUCUGCUCCUACUAAGUUCAGGUCAACUAUGGACCUACCAGCGCAGCUAAAAGAUGAACAUCCUUUGUUCAACAACAGUAAUAAGAUCAUCAGAAAAUUGGACCGCAUGCCGUCUUUCCGUCACUCGAAGGAGGCAGACAGAAAGUUAAGUAACGACGAUCGGCUUAAUAUUGAUAUGGAAAGGAAGAAACAACAACUUCUAGAAAAGUAUAUGGAAAUCACAGAAAAGCAGAAGCAGCUCAAUUCAAGCCCACGAAGAGCAGCCAGGAAACAACGGGCCACAAAGAAGGGAGUAGGUCUACUAAAGUUUUUGAAUGACCGAACAGCUGCACCCAUAGUGAAUGGUAACGAUAAGAUGCGAUUCAAUGCAGUUAAUAGGAGGUGGGAAGGAAAUGAUCACGACUUGCUACGAUUCGAAGAACAAAAUGAUACCCUUAAAGCGAAAAAGCAACCGGCUUUGAUCACACUGAAAGAGUUUUCCAGCAACAAUGCGAAGAUUUCAGGAAAUAUGUUGUACGAUUCCGAAAACAUGCGCUGGGUCAAUCUAGAUCCAGUAGCAGAAGAAAACCUCGAUGUUUUUGACGAAAUGUCGGACCUUGAACCCAAUGAUAUUCCACGGUACCACAAGUACCCAGUUGAGCGCGGUGUGAGUGCAUUUACUCAAAGAACUACACUGACGGUAUCUAGUGACCGUAGUUCUAGUCAGUCAAGCGCAGGAGAAGAAUUUCAGCUUAGCAACAGGCUUGUAAGCAGAUUUGAAAAGGAAGAGCAGAAAAUACGAAAGAAAACUCAGAAUUGGUUUGGUCAUCAUGAACAAUACCGAAUAGAUAAAGAACGGCACUUCGACUCUGAGUAUUUCUGGGAAAUACGCAAAAUGGUCAUGGAUAACAGCAGGGGCUAA